AUGCCCCCGCGCAGGCCACCAAAACCGCCUCCACGAAACGCACCGCGCAAGUCGAACGCGAGCACGCCGGCACCAGCGGCGGAUGAAGGCCCGACGCUGCUCGACCAGCUCAACUACGCCGACGCGCCGCGCCCGUUCAAGAACGCAAACUUUGUGUCCAAGAUGCCUGCGCGCACGGCGUCUGGCGCCUCGGCCGCCGGCUUCAAGAAGAAUGUCAAGCAGAUCCUGACGCUCGAGCGCGAGCGCGUGUCGGGCGGCGAUGGAUUCUUGUCGGCUGCGCAGACAGCCGCCAAGGCGCGCGGCGAGCCGAUCGAGCCGCAGAAGAAGAAGAAGAAGGAGAACCCCGUCGGCAGGACAAAGGUGCUCUCCGGCGCGGCGGCGCAGCGCGCGCGCGCCAACGCCAACCGCUCUGGCUUCAACACGCCGCUCACUAUCGACGACGAGAGCGUCAUGAGCGGCACGGUGACGCCUGCAGAGGACGAGGACGACAAGAUGGAGAUUGACGGGCUCGGCGACGAGGUCAUCCACCGCGAGAUCAUUACCUACCACACGCCCACCGCUCCACCAUCCCUCCUCCCAGCGAAGAAGUACUGCGACAUCACCGGCCUGCAGGCGGCAUACACCGACCCGCGCACCAAGCUGCGGUACAAGGGCAUCGAGGUGUGGAACAUUGUUCGCAACCUCGGCCCUGGUGUUGAUCAGUCCUACCUCGCGCUGCGCGGAGCACAGACGUCGCUGAAGUAG